AUGCUAUCUAGAUUUAAUACCCAACAAACUGUCCCUCCUUCCAACAGUCUACCUUCGUACCACACUAUGAAUUCCACAAAUAUUUCAUCUAUAGUAAACCACCAAGACAUUCCUUCGAUACCUUCAAGAUCAAGUUAUACAUACUCCAUAGCUUCCACUGCUCCGGUCAUAACUCCAACUUCUUCCCAAAAAUCUGAGUCAAGUCCUUCUUGUUCCCAUAAUACAAGUUUCAGCAGACUUCCAAGAGUUUUACCUCCUCCCGUCUACACUGUCCCCCAGAUUCAGCCAAAGAGAGAAAGUAUCUACACAUUGAACUCUGUCAUCAUUACCAACAACAAUAAUAAUAACAGUCAUACUGCUACUAGCACGAGUCCAAUUUCAACCUUUCCUCCAACUCUAACUGCUUUGCACGACAGUAGAAGACAUUCAUUCAGCACUUCAGCUGGAGGUUCCUACAUUUCUAAAGAACAGGAUAAUUUCACUAGUCUUCAAAUGGUAAGAGGUGUGCACAAUAGUAAUCCAACAACACCUUCCUUAAUAGUGAAGACUGAACCUGUUGUUUCCGAGAAAGCACACUUAGCUCAUAAUUCUGGCGAAAAAUAUAAUGACUACGGUCAACUCAUUGGUAAAUCAGGCAAAGUAUUGAGAGAUACAAAGAGAGCUGCACAAAAUCGUUAUGCUCAAAAGGCAUUCAGAUUGAGACGUGAAAAGUAUAUCAAAGGAUUGGAGAAGAAGGCUGAAGAAUUCGAUGCCCUACUUACUGAAAAUUCAAAAUUGAAGGAGCUUGUUGAAGAGCUAAGAAAGGAAAAAGAGUUACGUAACAGAUGA